CUUUACGACACAACGUAACGACAUACGACUGUGCCCACAGUGAGCUUUACUCUAGUCACAGGAAGGACAAAGAAAAGCAAAAGUCUCUUAAAUGUAGACCCGCUUUAUUAAAACACUACAACUGAACGAGACGGAAGUGCUACAGGGCACCUUGGCUCUGACAUGGCCAACCAUUUAAAAGAGCAAGUUAUCAAGCUUUACAAGACUCUGCUGUAUCUUGGCCGAGACUACCCCCAGGGAGCAGCUUACUUCAGAGGGCGCCUGAAGUCAGCUUUCAUGAAGAAUAAGGACGAGAUGGACCCUGAAAAGAUCCAGAAGCUGGUGGCCAGAGGGGACUUUGUCAUCAAGGAACUGGAGGCUCUGUAUUUCCUCAGGAAAUAUCGAGCUAUGAAGAAGAGGUAUUUUGAUCCAGAAAAGAAAUCAGACACAUAGACGGCUCCGGAUUAUUCUUCGUAAAGUACAGUUUAUAUUAAAUGUAUCAAAUAAUGCAAAGCUUUGCAUAUUCCCAAACGCGCCUUUAAAAAUAAGAUCAAGCUCACAUUACUCUGCAGAAAUGUAAUAAACCCUGUUGCCCGUCCAUCUAUUUAAUGGCAGAAAGUGAUCAUUAAUUAAGCUUUUACAGAAUGUGCUUUUAUUUUUUGUAUUUCCAAGGAAAGUCAAGUUCGUUAAAUGCCAAUGUUUUGAAUCGUGAAUACUGUAUAUGUUUAUAUCAUAGGUUUUCCAUUUCAAAACAGCUUGAAGUCUAGGUAUCAGACUGACUGAAUCAUAUUGUACAAUGUAUUCUCAGUGUAUAUAUAUUUGUAAAUACAUAGUCAAUCUUUUUGUAUGAGUAAAUGUACAUGACUAUGUACCAAUGCGCUAUUGGAUAAAAGUCAAGCAGUAUUCUACAACA